GUGGUUCGCCGGAGAGUUUCGGCUGGCUGACAGUAGAGGGGGAGAAAGAAGAGAAAUGGCGCCUCGGCACUCUACUAGCUGAGACAGUAAUAACGAAAGCGACUGACAAGAGCGACGGGACAGAACCCGUUUAUAAGCGGGGACAGACAGCAAACAUGGUGAACACCAGAAAGAGCUCGGAACGUAAACCCGCCAGUCCCUUCAUCUCGGGUCGGACGAGGUCGUCUCUGAGGAACAACCCAAACUUGGACGAGCACAACAGCCGUAAGGACGCUAGCAGUGAUGUUAACAGCAGUAGCCCACGUUUGUCUCCGCCGUCCAAACGGACGCGCCGACAGACUCCCCCGAGUUCCACUGAUACUUCCCCAAGUCCACAAAGUAAAGGCCAGAGAGCCACCUGGACUAUGUCCAAACACUGUACCAGAUUGUCCACUGGUGCUUUGCAGAAUGGACACAGUCGGAUGAGUUUAAGGGGUGACGCCACGGCAGACGGGGAGCACAGUCGCAUGAACGGUCACGUUGAGCUAAAAAGAAGCCGACGCAUCAGGAAGAGCCAGUUCGCACAUCUCAAUCAGAGCUUACUUUUCGACCAGCUAGUCAACAGUACGGCAGAAGCGGUUCUUCAGGAGAUGGACAACAUCAGCAGCAUACGACAGAACAGAGAAGUGGAGCGCCUCCGCAUGUGGACCGAUACUGAACUGGAAAACAUGGACAUGUACUCCCGCGUGAAGAGAAGGAAAUCGAUGCGGAGGAACACGUUUGGAAUGCAGGCACAUCACAAGGCCAUUAGCAAAUCAAAAGAUCAUGAUGAUGAAGAGGGAACGGAAGAAUCUCACGAAGAGGAAGAGGAUGAAGAUGUGGAGGCAGAUGAUGAUGAAGAUGAUGAAGGAGAUGAGGCAGAAGAGGCCGGGGAGGAGAACGACAGACCGUAUAACCUCAGGCAGCGUAAAACUGUGCAGCGUUAUGAAGCUCCGCCAAUAGAGCCAGUGAACAGGAAGCAAAGCAAGGGCUCUCUGUUCGACACGCACAGAUCUCCUGCGAGAAGAAGCCAUAUUAGAGUCAAGAAACACGCCAUUCACAGCAGUGAAUCGACAUCAUCAUCUGACGAAGAGCGGUUUGAGAGGCGAAAAAGCAAAAGCAUGAGCCGCGCUCGCAACAGGUGUCUACCCAUGAACCUGCGGGCGGAGGAUCUGGCCAGCGGUGUGCUUCGGGAUCGAGUGAAAGUGGGAGCCAGUUUGGCAGAUGUGGAUCCUAUGAAUCUAGACACUUCUGUGAAGUUUGACAGCAUUGGAGGUCUUACCCAUCACAUCCAGUCUUUGAAAGAGAUGGUGGUCUUUCCUCUACUAUAUCCAGAAGUGUUUGAGAAGUUUAAGAUCCAGCCUCCGAGAGGAUGCUUGUUCUAUGGGCCUCCGGGAACGGGGAAGACGCUGGUGGCGCGGGCGUUGGCUAAUGAAUGCAGUCAGGGAGACAGAAAAGUGUCGUUCUUUAUGCGGAAGGGUGCAGACUGCCUCAGCAAAUGGGUGGGAGAGUCUGAGCGACAGCUCCGCCUACUUUUUGACCAGGCAUACCUCAUGAGACCCUCCAUCAUCUUUUUCGAUGAGAUUGAUGGCCUCGCUCCUGUUCGCUCGAGCAGACAGGAUCAAAUUCACAGCUCCAUAGUGUCCACAUUACUGGCAUUGAUGGAUGGUUUGGACAGUAGGGGGGAGAUAGUGGUCAUCGGUGCUACAAAUAGACUCGACUCUAUCGACCCUGCACUCAGGAGGCCCGGACGCUUCGACCGGGAGUUUCUGUUCAACCUGCCCGAUAAAAAGGCUCGUAAGCACAUUCUUGAAAUCCACACCAGGGACUGGAGCCCCAAACUAGCCGUACCUUUCAUCAAUGAGCUCGCGGAGAAAUGUGUCGGCUACUGUGGGGCCGACAUCAAAGCACUUUGCACAGAGGCUGCGCUCGCUGCUUUGCGGCGGCGCUACCCUCAAAUCUACGGCAGCAGCCAGCGGUAUCAGCUGGACGUGGGCUCCAUCGUUUUAGGGCCACAGGACUUUGGUCGUGCUCUCCGCUCCAUUGUACCCGCUGGUCAGAGAGCCCUGGCUCCGCCCGGACAGGCCCUCUCCUGCAUACUGAGGCCGCUGAUGGAGUCCACGUUGGCCCAGACGCUGACCUGCCUGUUACGAGUCUUCCCCCAUGCAGAGCUCCUGCACAGGGAACACACAAAUGAUAGUGACAAUCAUCUGUUGGCGGAAGACUCGUACAGUGAGGAUGAGGAGUGUGUCGGUGCUCCAUCUGUACAUGAACCUCAGUCGGCAUCCCUGAAUAAAAUGGCAUCCUCCACUACCCAUAAACCCUUUCUCCAUUUUACCACUUCUGCCUACCAGCAGCCCACCUCGUACCGGCCCCGGCUGCUGCUGACAGGGUCCCAGGGGGCGGGGCAGAGCACACACCUUGCCCCCGCGGUGCUGCACCACCUGGAAAAGUUCACUGUGCACCGCCUCGACCUUCCCACGCUGUAUUCAGUCAGUGCCAAAACCCCAGAGGAGUCCUGCGCUCAGGUGUUUCGUGAGGCUCGGCGGUGUGUGCCCAGUGUCAUCUACAUGCCUCACAUCAGUGACUGGUGGGAAGCCAUCAGCGAAACCAUCAAGAGCACCUUCCUCACACUUCUGCAGGAUGUGCCCUCCUUCACCCCGCUCCUCAUCCUCGCCACGGCAGAGACUGUCUACCAGCAGCUUCCUGAAGAGCUAAAAUGCAUCUUCAGUCGUUCGUACGGGGAGGUGGUCUGUUUAACCACGCCAGCGGAGGAGGCUCGCCGAAGGUUCUUUUCUGACCUCAUUCUGGUGCAAGCGGCGAAGGCGCCCCCCCGCAGGAGAAAAACAGCCUGUACUCUGAAGGUGCUGACCCUCGCUGAAGACCCCGGCCCCCGGCAGCUCUCUCCAGAGGAGCAGAGGCGACUGGACGAGCAGGAAGAGAACACGCUGCGCGAGCUCCGCCUCUUUCUCAGGGACGUCACCAAGCGGCUCGCCACCGACAAGCGCUUCCAGAUCUUCAGCAAGCCCGUGGACAUUGAGGAGGUGUCAGACUACCUCGAGGUUAUUAAAGAACCUAUGGACAUGUCCGCCAUUAUGAUGAAGAUCGACACUCACAAGUACACUGCCGCCAAGGAUUUUCUCGUGGACAUUGACCUCAUUUGCAGCAACGCGUUAGAAUACAAUCCAGACAAGGACCCGGGAGAUAAAAUCAUUCGGCACAGGGCAUGCAGCCUGAAGGACACGGCACACGCCAUGAUCGCUUCUGAACUGGACCCUGAGUUUGACCGCAUGUGCGAGGAGAUCAAGGAGUCACGCCGGAAGAGAGUCUCUCAGGCCCCACCGCAGCCGCCCGUCACUCCGAGCGUUGUGGUGACCAGGAAGCCCGCGGGAGAGGAGGCGGGGUUAAGCAGUUCUCAUGGUGAUGGAGUGGACAAGCACUGCAGCAAUAACAUGAAGCGCAAAUUGCGGCGACGACCGAUUUGGGGACGGGGCAUCAUUAGGAAGAAAAAGAGUUAUAAAAAAGAAGAAGCGGAAGAUGACGAUGAACCAGAGGAGGAAGAGGGGGCGGAAGACUCGGUCGCGAUGGUGCAGGACGAGUCUUCCUGUGACACCAUGGAGCCUGACAAACAGCCACUCCAGGCCAACGGACAUGUCCUCUCCACAGAGGAGGAGAAUUCCUGUGAGCCCACGGCUUCUCCGGGAGAGGAGGAGGCGGACCGGGCUCUGUCAGUUGGGGCUUCCGUCGGUAAGGGGUCAGCCGUCCCCGUUCUUCAGGAGUGCGUGAAUGGAAAUGAGUCUAUGGACAGCAUUGACAGCGGUAAAGAAACUGAAAGAGGUGGAAAGGAGGUGACGGCAGGUUUGGGGUCUGUCACCGGAGGUGCGGUGGAGCAUAAACCAGCGGAGCAUGAAGAAUCCUCCGGCCCAGAAUGCAAUGCAGAGGAGAACGAAACGCUAGAGGUGGAAACCAUGUGUGAUACAGAGCAUGAAAAAGAAGGAUCAUCAAAAGGGAAGGAAUGUGCUAAAGGUCCAUCAGAAGAGCAACAGUCGCCUGACACGCUCGAGGAAGAUGCACAGAUUCCUCCACCUCCUGCUCUCGUGGUUGACCACCAGCGGCUCAAGGAGCUGCUGGAGCUGGUGGUUUCCAUAAGUGCUGGUUUCAGUGUGGAUCAACUGGAGAGACUUUAUUCUGUGCUCAGUCAGUGUAUUUACCAGCACCGCAGAGACUACGACAAGAGCCGCCUGAUCGAGGCGAUGGAGAGGCAGGUUCAGCAUUUCGAAACAUUCCUGUGAUGAAAAGAGGGCUUUCAGAGAGAAACCCGAUCGAGUAUUUUGAUACACGAGGGAGAGACGAGCCCUUAAUGCAGCGGGGGUCCGGACGUCUCCGUCAACGGUGGGAAAAAAGGUGCAGACAAUUGAAACAAAGGCGAUUUUGGUGCUUAUCUUCUCAGGUACCUGGACAGAACCAGUCUACAGAACCAAACACAAAAACCCCAGUCGGUUUUGUUAUCUUUUUCUUUUCCUUUUUUUGUAAACUCUCAUACACAUGCCAUCGCUGAUGAUCGUUCUUGGUGCUAUUGGGUGCUAUUGUUUUUUCGUCUGCUGCUCCUUGUUCUCAUAAACGAGCAAAGAAAAACACAAACAGUAGAAAAUAAAAGAUUGUGUGAUGUCACGGUGCAACCUCAGCCUCUGUUCACUGGAAGCAAACACACACACACAGUGACACGGAUUCUCACCAGCAGGGGCGAAACGGUAUAAGGAUGGUGUGACACGAACAAGACGUCGAGUGGAAACAAACUAAAGCCAAUCACAUUCUCCCCUCAGCUGUGAUGUCACAACGUGUCAGCAUUGGGAUUAUCAACACUUUGUACCCACAAUGAUAAACAAAGAAAAAACAAAACAAACACAAUUUUGUAAGGGUGUUUAAAAGUGACGUGAUCCUGCAGGAUUUUAUUGUUUUUUUUACUGGAUGUUCAUUGUACGAUUCUGAGGUCUCUGUAUUGUAAACCAACGUUUGAUGUUCUCCUGUUAAGACUCAAAAACUGUCAGAUUAUUACUUUGGUUGUAUAAAAUAGAUCUUUAGGAGAAACAAAUGAGUUUGCAAAUAUUAGAUCCCCUUUAGAAAUGGUUCGAGUUUUUUUUGUUCGAUUUUCUGGUAUAAACUGGAUUUGAAACUAGAUAUCUACAGAUUGCACUGCCUAGCAUGUGCCUUAACCUUUCAAAACGAUUCUUAUAGACUGAAGAACAUCUCCGCUUUUGUCACAAAAAAAACCCCUCUUCUGCAGCUUUCUCACAUAUAUAGAGCUGUUUGUUUUACGGUAAAAAAUAUACAUGUGGCAUGUUUGUGUUCAGUCACUCACCUGUUCUUCAUGGUUUGCGUGGGACAAACUCCAAACUUGUUUUAGCCAGGAAUUCAUCUUUUUAAAAGCACAACAGCUUUGGAGUAGUGUUUAAUGUGAGUGGCAGUCUAGGCGGUGCUGGGGUUUUUGAGCGUAAAGCAUUACUGUUUCUUAUAAAUAUCCUUUUGUUUGCCCUUAACGUGUUUGCAUUGUGCUCACGUUAAAACCAUUUGCAUUAAUAACACGAUUUUAGUUGUAGAGUACCUUUAACAAUGCUCCCCUUUACUGUCUUUGAUUCAUCGCUCUCAUCGCUUUGUAAAGAACGUUGAUCCAAGUUCAAGAUCAUCUUUGACCUUGUCUUGGAUUCGGUGCUAUAAAUGAAAACACUUUUGAAGACAUAUGCAAAAGACACAGAAGACGUGAGUUAGCGCUGGACUACAGCAGUGCAUUUGAGAGACAGAACCACGGCUACCUCAGCAGACAGUUUUCAUGCAGAGAGAGAGAGAGAGAGAGAGAGAGUGAUGGGCUGUUUACUGAUCACCUUUCUAAUAUCUCUACACCCUUGAGAAGUUCAGGCUAAGGUACUAGAUCACCACGCAUCGUAAUCCACCGGGUUUGUUUUUUAUUUUGUUUUUGACUUGUACUGCAUUUGAGCCGAGAAAAGAAAUGGCAUUGUGAUAUUGGUGACAUGUUAUAUACUGUAUAUUUCACUAUUUUACAUUUGCAUCCUAUGAUUUGCUCUCGAUUUGAGUAUUUUCCGGUCGUGUUUGUGAUUUUUUUUGUUGCUUUUGAUUUCUUGCCGUCAGUUCAUCACACAUUCGUUUUUUUUCUCACAAGUCGUCUUGUUUCAUUCUGUAGCCAUUUAAUAUUUAUUAAAUUAUUAAACGACGUCUUUAAAAAGUUCAGCGUGUUCUAAACUCAUGCGAGUUCAACGGACUAAUUGGAAAAUGGAUCCACAGAUUUUAAAAGUGAGAUUUGUGUAGCAGGUUGUUUGUAGCGGGCGUUCAGAAGCGGGGCGUUUCUCAGGUCUCUGCUACAGUAGUGAUCUUAUUUAUUCCGUGAUGAUGGUGGUUACGAUUCAUUUUCAUUGAGUAUUAUCAUAAAGGGCUGUGGAGUUGACAUGCCUGAUGUAAUGUUGGAGAACAUGUUUUUCACCCGAGACGAAACGGGAAGCAUUUGUGAGAUUCAUUCUCAAUUUCUCAUUAGUGUUCACUCAAAAGUACCCUGUUCUUCACUUGCUCGCUUUUUGGAAUUAAAAUGAAAUGUGUGUUUUUCAAUGCCAUGAUAUUGGUCUGAAUUCAAACCGUGAGAACAAAUUUUGUGCUCUUUAGCAUGAUAGCAUUAAUACAUUUUUAGAGCAUAACACUUAAAUUCUGUAUUGGAACGUUGUGGGCAUUAAAGGUUUAUGUUGGUUUAAAUUUGUUUAGUUGAGCUUAGUGUUUUGUUGUAAAAGUCUAUAGAAGAGAAGCAUUUGCUUUAGAAACGAGACCCAUAAAACCCACGUUUCAGUGUAAAUACUGGAUGAAUUGCAUUACAUUUUGGAAAAGGGGUUGCAAAUAAUGAUUUUCAGUAUUUUUAGUUAAUAAUUCUAUGUAAUUGGUAGCUUUAUACCUUUAUUGAUUUACCAGGUUGAGGGUUGUUUUUUUUUACCGGAAUUUGUAUCCCUUUUAUUUUACUAUUAGGCAGCAAAUGAAACCCACAUCUUGUUCUGUCCUUCGCUGCCGUCCUUUUGUGAAAGUCCUGUUGGAAAUGAUAUAUUUACUGUAAUUUCUGAAAUAAACUGCUGUGAUAUACUUGAAUAAAAGGUGCAA